AUGGUAUCACCUCAAGUCACCGAACCUCAGACGGUACCAGCUACCACACCCUUGUUUCAAUGCACUAUUUGCCAACGAGCAUUUUCUCGAAUAGACCACCUUUCGCGGCAUGUUCGUACUCAUACCCUAGAAAAACCUUACGCUUGCCAGUUCUGCGACAAGAAAUUCUCACGAGUGGAUCUCUUGAAGCGUCACGCUUGUCGGCAUGCUCCCUACGGCGACCCAAAAGCCUCUGGGUGUCACAGUGGAGUGUUAUCUCGAGUCGGCCAGGCUUGUAAGCCAUGUGCUGCUUCGAAGAUCAAAUGUACUGACAGCAAGCCCUGUCGUCGAUGUGUGAGCAAGAACAUCACAUGUGAGGUUGAUUGCUCAGAAGAUCCCGAGCUCUCUCCAGAUAAGGACACGGCCGAUCGGGAAUCGCGGGAUGUGUCGCAACAAAUGUCAGAUGUCUCGGCUCUGGGACAGCUCGACUUGCCAACUGAAGUUGAUGAGCCACAGCUUGCAGUCAAUUCGGAGGAUGCAGCAUUACUUGCCACUACAACUGACAGCGCGACAGAUUCUCUCUCGUUUAUGCCCUCGCUGGACAGUCAGAGUAUCACGUCGUGUGGCUUCGCGGUGCCGCUUACGCCGACCUCUGAGUUGAACGCCACAGAAACUAGCGAGUUGUACGCAGACUUCUUGAAGGGUCUAAUCGACAACGGUGCUUCGGACAACAUGUAUCCACCACUCAUGUCCGCUGAGGAUCUGGGUGUUGGAUUCUGGGACGACUAUCUUGAUGCAAAUAUGAGCUUGGAAGGCAUGGUCGAUGUUAAAAGCUUAUCGCCACCAACAAACAUCAAUACGUUCACAACGCAGACUCGUCCUGGAGAAAACACGCUUGAGCAAAAAGCCUUUCAUGCGGCUGCAAAUGCCUUUGAACAGUCGGGAUGGAACUGGUCUCCGAGUUCUCAAGAUCGUAGAUCUGCGGAGCAUGGCGGUCUUUCACUACCCCAUGACUGGGCGCAUCAGGAAGGUAUACCCCAGCCAGACGCCGACUUUUCGGCCAAGCAAAUGGGGCUCACGGAUCGUGAAAGGAUCAUGGGGCUUUUGUUGACUUAUUGCUCAAAGCAACAUCUCGCUAGGAUGGUUUCGACAUUUCCGUCAAUCGGUUCGCUGAACGGGCUUGUUCAUCGCUUCCUACGAUCUCAUACCUCUAGUCACCAGUCGUGGAUCCAUGUACCUACAUUCGAUCCGACCACGUUGCGUCCUGAGUUGUUGGCUGCUGUGCUUGCUCAUGGGGCUUGUUCGACACCUGUCGAAGUGAUGACAAAGCUCGGCUAUGCAAUGAUCGACAUUGUGCGCUCCGCUGUGAUUGACAACUGGCAUGGCGACAAUAGUCUAUCGCGAGAUCUGCAACUCCUACAAGCACUGCUGAUUGUACUGGACCUGGCGAUUUGGAGUGGCAAUAAGUGUAUGAUGGAAAUAGCAGAGUCUACUACGGGUCCCAGUAUUACCAUUAUACGACGAGCUGGGUGGCUCCGCGAAGACGUGUAUCCUGUCAUUGAGCCCCAAGAGACCGACGAGGGUAUGCAGUUGCAUCAAAAGUGGGUGGCAUGGGUACAGCAAGAGUCGAGGAAACGACUGUGUUACCGGACGUUUCUUCUCGACGCGCAGAUAUCCAUGACACGCAUGACAAGUCCUACGAUGUCGUUCGCGGAGUUGUCACUGUCCUAUCCCGAGCGAAACGAUCUUUGGUCAGCCACCAAUGCCAUAACUUGGAAAGCUUUCUAUCUUGAGCACACGCGACACAAACGGCCACGUCCUGAGCUCUCACUGGCAGAGGACAUGCGAACGGUGAUGAGCGAAGGCAGUCGCUGCGCAGACGGUGAUGCUAUAUGGCGCAACACCAUCUUGUUGCAUGGAAUGUGGAGGCUCAUCUGGGGACAUUGCGAAGUCGAGGAUUUGUUACGAAUCACGACUUCAGACGGUAGCGAUGCAUCUUGCUUGCUUCCUUCGCGUGGCGAAGGGCUGUCUAAGCUACUCAACAAGACCCGACAGGAAAUCGAGUCGACGUUCACACUGGAACCAAGCCUCUUGACCGGAGACACGGCCCUGACUCAAGAAUUCCUGAACAUGGUGUUGCAUGCACCUAUACAGUCGCUCCAAGCGUUUGCAGGCAAAUACGGCGUGGCAGCCGCCCAACGCGUCUACCCCAUGCUAGAAGAAUGGACACAGUCAAAAUCAGCAAGACGAGCGGUCUGGCAUGCUGGUCAAUUGGUCCGAGCUGCGCAGGAGCUUCCCACGAGACCGAUGCGAGAGUGGCGCGUGGUGAUCAUCUAUCACGCCAGUCUGGUUUUCUGGGCCUACGGCAUCAUAAGCAGUAUAUGUCAUCAACGGGACGCAAUACCAGAUACCGCUUUACAGAUAAAGAGUAUCGUACGCCUUGACCAGGAACAUGACAGUACGACACGGCGUUUUAUCAAUCUCGGCGAAGGAGAACCCUGUCUACUCGACUCGGCAUGUUCGGAAGCAAGUCAACAUGACUCUACAGUGUCUGCAAAUUUGCCGUUGCGCAAAGCGAGCAAAAUAAUGCAGAUGAUGGCACGUGUGUUGACGGAAAGUACGACCGAGGAAAAACAUACCAUGUGCCCUCCGUUGACGGAGAGUUUUGCACGAUUGAUGAAAGAGCUUGCCAGAUCUGCCAGGGUAAUAGGUUUAGGUUGA